AUUAAUCAAAAUGAUGUUUGUAGCUAGUCUUAUACCAGCUUUUAUACGGACUUAUUAUGUUUUGUGAACUUUUUUUGUUGAUGACUUCCGUUCAUAGGAUUUUGUUGCUAAUGAAUGGCAGCGAACCAAUACAGAACCGAUAGAGAAGAAUCUCUCUGAAGAUGGUCGCAAUAUCCUUAUACAAAGGUAGCCUCCACAAAGUUGCCACCGACGUUCCCCGUCGAUGGCUCGUUCCCGCCCCCAAAAUCUCUCUGAAGGACUUCCGGGUUCUCCUCCGCCGCCGAUCUAAAGCUCUCUCUCGCCUCCAGUCCACCACCGAAGCCGAAACCGCAGCGGCCGCGGCUGUUCCUGCAACCUCUAACCCUAACCCCUCCCCUGCCGACAUCGCUUCCAAAGUCGCAGUUCAGAUUGUUCACACCCAAGUGGAGCAACCAAAUAAUGAAAAGGGGGAGGAGCGGCCGGAGGUUGGGGUUGAGGUCGAAGGCUACGAACAUACGGUAACCAAAGCAGCUCAUGGUGUGGAGUUCUCGAAUAAACUAGUGGUGGAAUCUGACGUGGUCCUUAAUAGAAAGGUUGAUGGUGUAAAGGCCGAGACAUCAGAGAGACUGACUAACAACAAAGAGGAUGUACCCAGUGAUAAACGGAUAAAAGAGGUUGAGCAGAAACUGGUAGUUUUAAAUGCAAAGAAGCAUAGUUUGGUGCAGUUGCUGAAGCAGAUACUUGGUGCUGAAGAGAUACUGAAGGGGAGACAGUCUCAAGGAAUAAUGAUGGGUCGCCCACCAAUACCUCUUCAAGUAGAUAUUACAAAUGACACUGGAUCUAUGACUAGACUUGGCACACCUAGAGUUGGGUCAGAUGGACUCAGUACUGAAGCUGAAGGAGAAGGUGAUGAUUUUUCCAACCCAAACAUGCACUCUCGCAACUUGCUUCGUAUGAACAGUACGUCACCAUCUCCAGACUCUCAAUACAGGAAGCCUGUUCACAAUAAAGCCCCUUUCUCUUCACGAACUACUAAUAUGGGUGUCAUAGGAGGCACCCCCUCCAGUUUUGCACCCUCUGGGCAACAAGGACUCCCUUUAAUUCCACCACCCUCUGUUUGCAUACCAGGGACAAGUAACAUCACGUCCACACCUUCUCCAGCUGCAUCAGGUGGUGGCACCCCAGGAUUCCGGGAUGCCCAUCUCUCAGGUCCGUGGAGCUAGGAGGGAGAGGGGGAUGCGCUCUUCUUGGUGUUUGAGGUAUUGGUGUCACCUGACCAGACUUGUUUCGCAAAUUGGUUUAGAACCACAUACAUAGAACACAAUGCAAAAUCAUAGUAUCAGUUAUUGUAGUAACACGAAUGUGUUCCUACUGUGAUAUAGAACCAUGUUUUUGCUAAUGUCUGCAUUUCAAAUCUUACUUUGUCUACCGCAGUACUCCGUGUUUUGGCCGCAAAACUGUACAUUGCCUGUUCCAGAUUAAUUCUUUAUUUGUUUCUCCUCUAUUUGCUGUACAAGUUUUAUUAUGACUCCAAUCCUACAUUUCCUGUUU